AUGCCCGUCCAGGAACAUCCAGCAGAGCAUUUAUCGUCUUUCGUUCCAGAUGAGUACAAACAGCAACUUCUGAAGACCCCACCAAGGCAGCAGUUGGAGGACCCGCUAUACCAACAACGGCUAGCGGCAUUAAGAGACAACUACAAAUUCGCGUUUAUCGUGCAGUGGUUCCAGCUUUUACGGAGCGAGAUCAGACUCACUAACGAUGCUUUUGAUGUGGAGGCGUUGGAAGAGGAGUUUUUGGGAAUAACAGGGACCACCUUCAUAAACAGGUUCAAAAGUGCCAUAAUCCAUCUCCUCACAGGCCGCAAAAUCAUCAAUAUUGAGAACAAUUUUGCCGACUUCGACAGCGAAUUGUUUUUGUUGUUACCAAAUUACUUUCAGGAACAUUAUAAAACCGAGGAAGAGUUAGAAAGCUUCAAAUUCAAUGAUUUGGAUCUGGUGGACCAGCUAGACAUAUACUAUGAGCUGCUGAAUCUGACCACGUUCUACGAGGUGUUCAGGAAAACCGUUGACAAAUAUGCCAAACCGUGGGAGGAGUUGAGAGCUACUGCAAUUUUGGAGGAUAAUAAGAAAUCCAUCCGUGAAGAGUACUUCAUCCUGGAAGAUGAUAGGCUAUACUAUCGCAAGCUGGAGUAUCCACGGUUGGUCAUCCCCAAAACAAGCAAACAGGAUGACGAGGCCGCUGAGACUGUUGAUGAACUUCCAGACAGCAAUCCCAAGCUUGUGGAAUGGAGAUGUUUGUGCGUGGGUAUCUACCAGUUUGAUGACUAUCUGGUCGAUCUCAAGAAGAAAGCAGGAAAACGAACCUCUUCCAGAGAAUACAAGCUUUUACAGGAGCUGAAACCUUACAUAGAGCGCAUAUUUACGUCUGAUUUCAAGAGAAGGAAACAGUCGUUGCACCGGAAGAAGGAACUCCAAUUGCAGUCUUUGAUUGCGAACAGAAAGCGGUCGUCCAGACUGGAGGAGAAAGAGAAGCGUCGCCUGGAGGAGGAAGAAGCCAGGAAUGAAGAGUACGAGCGGCUGAAAAGAGAAGGUGCUGCCAUAAGGGCCUCAAAGAGGCAAAAACUGAAGGAAGAGAUGUAUGGUAAUUCCGACAGAGAGGGCUCCGCGGAUAUUGGACUAUCAAGGGAAGAGAGAAUGAAACUAAGGAGAUCCAAGAUAGAAGGAGAAACUGAGCCAGUUGAAAAUUCAGUCGAAAAUUCGGCCGAACAUUCGGCAGAUACUACGGUCUUGGCUCCAGCGAAGGGAGAAGAGGAUUCAAACUGGCAGUUUGAUUGCAAAUGUGGAAUUAAGAGUCAGAACUUUGACGACGGGACAGCAAUGAUUAGCUGCGAAAACUGCAACAAAUGGCAACAUUAUGCGUGCCAAUCGCAGGAGGUGAAGUUCAAGUUAGAUAGGGAAGAGGGAUAUCACUUCUUCUGUGGUGACUGCGAUCAAAGCGACGUAGUCCCAGAAGCGAAUGGAGCAGCAAGAGCUGAGCUCGAAGUCAUAGAAUCGUCACCUGUUGAGGAAGUCCCAGUUGAGACCGUUCCCGAGACCAUUCCUGAGACGAACAACUCGGGCAGCUUCACCGUUCCACAAACCCCAGUGAUCCAGACUUCCUCCAAUGCGGCGCAGCAAGCACCAGCCCCUUCUGUUACUGUUCCUACCCCCGUUUCAGAGCCAGUAUCCGAAACGCGCCCGAAUAUCGGGGCUUAG